UCUUUUCUACCCGCGCCUUUUUCCCAUCAUUUGGUAAUUGAUUCACUUUAUUUUCUUUCUCUUUUUCUCUCUCUCUCUCUCUCUCUCUGUGUGUGUGUGUGUUUAGUGAAGAAUGACUUUCUUGUUGAAACUCACUGUGUCUUCUUCAAGACCUCUCUUUCAACUCUUUCAAAGAAAUAUAUCCCAAGAAAUAGCAGAAACUGGAGCAACACGGAACUCUAUCCCUCAUUUCCAAACAAGCGUCGAUAACAAAGCAGCUUUGGUACAGCGUUUAUUGGUUGCGAAAGAAAAAUCUUCCAAAACAUUUGAUCAAAUAGCCAACGAGUGUGGUUUAACCAACGCUUAUGUUGCUCAAUUAUUCUUUAGUCAAGCACAAUUGAAACCCGAAACUGCACCCAAACUGAAAAAAGCAGUACCCGAUAUUUCCGACCAAGACUUGUUGGCUCUACAACGUUUUCCAAUGAGAAGUUUUCAACCCACUAUUUUACAGGAUCCUACGGUGUAUCGAUUUUAUGAAGCAAUAACUCAUUAUGGAGAAGCACUCAAAGCUCUAGUCAAUGAAAAAUGUGGUGAUGGAAUUAUGUCUGCUAUCGAUAUGUACGUAACAGUCGAUAAAAUAAAAGGAAAACAUGGAGAAGAUAGAGUUGUUGUGAAACUCAAUGGUAAGUUUUUGCCUCAUGUAGAAGGCAAAGCACAAGAUGCUUGAGUUUUCCAUCAUGGAAGAAGAGAACGAAGAAUUUGAACAAUUUUUUUGUUGACAGAGAAAGGAGAGCAUUUUUUGUGGUGUCUGUCGUAUUAGAGAAUGUUUUUUGUAACUAGUGAUUAUUGGAGUUAUAAACGUUUUAUGAAAGAAUACCACUUUAUUCGACUGAAAAGAACUUGCUCCUUACAGUGUAGUUAUG